AUGAAUGAAGACCCUGCAACAUUUCCAGCUCCCUUACUUCUUCCCGGAGACGAUUUGGCUGAAGAUCCUGACUAUCCUCCUCAGAGCUUUCAAGAAUGGUUGGAUGAAGAGGAGCGCAACCCAGUGACACCCAAACGACAAGUGAUAUACAUCGCUUAUGCGCCACAAAUCGAUGGACAAGUCCAGUUCAUGCGAAAGUGGGACAAACCAGAGAGACGUGAUGGACAGCCGUCAACCGAAUUGCCUGCUCCUCAAAGUAUUCGAGAGUAUAUCGCCGCAUUUUACCACGGUUUGCUUGUCAAAUCGCUCCCUAUAACCACUCUCAGCUUCACUACAUGGGAAGAGGGAUCCCAGAAACUCCCUGCCAGGCUCCGCCCCCCAAAAUAUGUCGGCCUACGGUUUGGCGACGACUGUGUUCGCAUUCGCGCCCGCGCUUGUCCAGACGGCAUCUUUGCUGGACAACUCAAUCUCAACGAUUUACUUGAUGCUGCAAUAGAGAUGCUGCCCGAAGAUGCCUUUUCACUUUUGCUCCUAGUCAAUCAAGAUCUGUAUGAGGAUGAUGACGAUGACUUUGCCUGUGGUCGCGCAUAUGGAGGCAGUCGUGUCGCGGUCGUCUCAAGUGCUCGCUAUAACCCAAAUAUAGAUGGUCUUCAAUCUGUCGAGCUUGAACAUGCAUGGCCAGCAUCCCACUGCAAAGACUACAUGGCCAUGUGUUAUGCCUCUUCCGGAACUCAUGUUAAGCGCCAAAAGAGAUCCGGUUCUAAGAAUGCGCUUCGAGGUGAAGAGCAAAGGGACAGCGAGACAUGCCCCCUCGAGGCAGCGAUCAGCAGCUACAAAUCUCUUUCAUCCAUAGAACUAUCAUCAGAAGCCAUCACCUCUCUCUGGCUUGGUCGAGUCUGUCGCACAGCAGCUCAUGAACUGGGUCACUGUUUCGGUAUAGACCACUGUGUGUACUACGCUUGUGCCAUGCAAGGCACUGCCUCCAUGAGUGAAGAUGUCCGACAACCACCCUAUCUGUGCCCGGUGGAUCUGGCCAAGCUUCUCCAUGCAACCUCAACCACCGAAACCCAACGAUACCAGGCUCUUUUGGCUUUUUGUGAGAAGUCGAAUAGACUCGCAAGUUACGCCGUCCAAAAUAAAAAUUAUAAGAUCGUCAGCCAAUGGUUUUGCCUGUAUCAGACCGCCCGAGUUGGCGAUAACUGGGCAGAAUCCCGACCGCCCCCAGAACGCCGACUUACACAGAUCAUCCGCGCAUUCGUUUUCCUCCAAGCCUUCCUCUCUUGCAACUUUUCUCAGGCCAAUAUGGCGGCCACUGUGGAUUCGAAGCUGCUGAAGCAGACCAAGUUCCCUCCCGAGUUUAAUAGGAAGGUGGACAUGACCAAGGUCAACAUUGAAGUCAUGAAGAAGUGGAUUGCUGGGCGAAUCUCGGAGAUUCUUGGAAACGAAGAUGAUGUGAUCAUCGAGCUUUGCUUUAAUCUCUUGGAGGGCUCACGCUAUCCCGACAUCAAAUCCCUACAAAUUCAGCUUACUGGCUUCCUUGACAAGGAUACCUCCACUUUCUGCAAGGAACUCUGGUCUCUUUGUCUCAGUGGCCAAGAGAAUCCUCAGGGUGUGCCCAAGGAACUCUUGGAGGCCAAGAAGCUCGAGCUCAUUCAAGAGAAGAUCGAGGCCGAAAAAGCUGCUGAAGCUAGUCGCCGCCAGCAAGAGCAAGACCGUGUCCGCGAGCGUGAUUUGGAUGAUCUGAGGAGACGGGAGCGAGCUGAUCGUGGACGUGGACGACGCGGCCCUGGCCGUAGUGCCGAGAUCGUUAUCGUGAACCCCCAUCUCGGCGCGACUUCGAUUCUUACGUUCCGUCUAGCUCUCAGAGAGGUCGUCGACCCACCCGCUCUCCUUCUCGUUCCCCUUCCCGCUCUCCCUCCCGUUCUCCGUCCCGUCGUGACCGCCGUGAUGAUCGUGAGCGAUCUCGUUCUCGACAACGUCGCCGUUACAGCAGCUCCCGAUCCCCGGAUCACCGAAACCGCAGACAUAAGAAGGGCCGCUCUUCGGACCAUGGUGAUCGAGACAGAUUUGUUUCCCGCAGUCGUUCCACACGCUCACGUAGUCCCAGAAGAGACACGCACAGACGGCGUUCUGUCUCCCGCAGCGUGA